CAUAGGCAAGUAGAUUUUAAUCGCAAAAUUUCUUUACUUUUCUAACUGAAACAAGCGUUUUUGUUAAGCAAAUUCGACGAAAUUGCUAUUGGUAGUAAUAUCUAUAAAAAAAUAAAAUCUAAUCGAUAAAGAUUUGCCUACAGGAAGUUAUUGCAAUGAUGCAAAGUACGAGUUAGUGUUUGUAUGCAAUCUGUACGUAAUCAAUGUUUGUAAUUAUUCAUGUUCCUACUAUGUGUGAUGGUGCUACCACCAGUAUUUCACGCUGGUGAUUUGCUGAGCCGGAAUGGGAAUAGUUUGCAUUAAAUUGUGAUUAACAAUUUCGUGUCUUCGAAAGUGAGGCUUCCAAUCUUUCUGGCAUGCUUGAGAUAUUAACAUAUGGAAAAAGUAAUACCCAGUUGUCUUUAAUUCUCCGAAACUCAAAAAGUAACAAAAAUCACAAUUUCUCUGAGAAAAAGCAAUGACCAAUCGGAAAUGUCCUCACACCUACCGAUUCGCAAAAAUGUUGAGCCUUUGUUCAAAAUUGUGUCCGAGCUGGCACCGCCCUCAGUUCAAUCUUCCUCCACCGUCCAGACCCAACGUCGGCACGAUGUUGAUCAACACAAAAAUGAUAUUUACCGAAACCGACUUAAGGGACACAAAAGCCAUAUUCCCGGACCGACAAGGACAUAUGUGGGCAGGGCUGUAAGCAGAAGCAAAAGCGCUGAGGAUUUACUGGCGGGCAACGAUCGCGCUUGUAUGGAUAACAAACCAAUCAGUACAGAUAAGCUAGAGAGUGUGCUUCGAGCGAGGGAUCGUCAGAUUACGAAACUGAUCGAAAAGAUCACUACUCUGUUUGAGUGCAACAAUCAGUUUGCGAUUGAAAACGACAAACUGCAAAAGGAAUACCAGCAGGCACAACAGAAUUUGAAAGUCCUAGAAGAUAGUAAGGGGAAGCCUUGCGACAACUGUGGAGUUUAUGAAAAUGAAAGGGAUGCACUGAUGAAAGAGAACAGUGAUCUAAAAAAUGACAUAAAAAUGAUGAAAAUUCUGGUUUAUCGUUUGAAUGUCCAGGUCGAGCGGUAUCAGGAUGUGAUGCGAGAUGGUAAAGGGCUGAAGGGCGACAUACCGAAAAUUGACUUCGUUGAUAGUUCAUACGGAGGAAGCAAAGACAAUCUCAAUUGGGGGCCUGUAAAUACGCACACCUUAGGACCACUGCUAAAUGCAUACGAAGAAACGAUAGGAGAGAAGAAUGAUCUUGUUCAACAGUACGAACGAGAAUUAAUUGAAUUCACUGGAAAGCUGAAGGUAGUGUUGGGGGAGAAUGAAAAACUUCACAAGGAAAUGGAAGAAAUUAAAAGCACUCAGAAUAACUGGUUUUCAGAGCGUGCGAGAUUGCAGGCACAAGCCGACAUAUUCAAGAACAAGGCUGAAAUUCAAGGCAAACGUGCUGAUCUGGCUAAGGAAAAGUUAGUGGAAGUUUUGAAAUGCUACGAACAAAAAAUUCAAGCUCAGUGUCUUGAUAUAGAGCGACUGCAAGAGGCUUACUCUCGUUCCAAAAGUGAAUUAAUCUCGGUUAGGAAUCUUAACCAACAGCCCGAAGUUAUGGUUGAAAGUUUGAAAGAAUGUCAGAGGCUAUUCGGAGAACUUAAGGUACAGCACGAUUCGGAAAAAGCACAAUCUACUGCUGAAGCAGAUUCACUGAAGGCAGAUCUUCAAGCGAAAACAGAUGAAAUAUCCCAGCUUAAGUCCCACCUAGCAGGGCAGCAAAAGAUUCUUGAGCGUGCCAAGGAGAUCAAUGAAGUACUUAUGGAGAAAACUUCUACCCUCAAGCAAUCGCUUCAUCACGUCAAACAAUCAAAGGAGAUUUUGAAGACCCGCCUGAAAAAUAUGGUUACUUGGGGCAAAAGUGUCGAACAUCGCCGCGGCCAGUUACAAGAUUCCUGGCGAAGUGUGAAAUCUCUGCAGGAUAAGAUAAGGGUGCGGGAAGGGCAGUUGCAGGAGCUUCAAGCACGACACAUUCAAGAAGUGAGUUAUCUUCAGCGAAAGCUGAAGCAGCGUGAGGACAGCUUGCGGAGGAUUCUGGAGGAGAAGACUCAUUUUAGGAACGUAUAGUACAGAAAGAAACAAUCCAACCGUAUGUUUAAACAGUACAAAUCAACACACAUGAAGUGUAAUAGCAAAUCAAAGUAUCGAAUACACCAAUAAUAGCUUAACAUAUGUACGCCUAAAACGGAACUAGUUAAAUUAUAUGCUUUUGUUUUGCAAUAUCGAAUU